UUUCCUAAAAAUUUCAAAACCGAACCCUAGCCCCUUCCUCGUCGCCGGUCGCCGGUCGCCGGCCCCUCUCCCCUAUCUCCAUCACCAGUGAGCGGCCCCUUCGCUCUCUCUGCCGCCCGUCCUGCUCGUGAACCUUGAACAAGCCGAGUUCGGUCGAGCCUUGGUCCUUUUCGAGCAGUAACAUUUUCGUCGUUCGAAUUGUAUCCGUCUUCUUGGAUUCUUGGUGGUGGUUUCAUGCUCUCUCUUGAUCCUGAAUAUGCUCAGUGGGGCUCGAAGCAUUGGUGACGUUGACUGACCUGAGUGGAUCUACUAGCUCCAAUCAUCAGCACCACUUACAGCCGGCACCUGCUUUGUAUUCGGCAUCAAAUAAUGAAGUGAAGACAUGUUGUCCUGGAUCUAGAAGCUUGGCCAUUCAAUCUCUUUGCUGUGAGGAGGGAUCCAAGGGUGCCGCUGGAGCAAAAGAAGGUAGUAGAACAAUGGUAGCGGCAUCUAGUGGCAACACCUUCGCAAAAGAGAUAGCUAUUAGAAAGAGAAUCAGUAACAUAUUUAAUAAAAGGGAAGAGGAUUUUCCAUCCUUGAGAGAUUACAAUGAUUACUUGGAAGAAGUUGAAGAUAUGACCUUCAACUUAAUUGAAGGCAUAGAUGUUGCUGCAAUUGAAGCUAAGAUAGUUAAAUACCAAGAAGAAAAUGCUGAGCAGAUAAUUAAUGCCAGAGCUCGUAAGGCUGAAGAGUUAGCAGCAGCCAUGAAGGCCAGCAUGGGAAACCCUGCACAGGCUGAACCUUCUGAUAUGGGCAUUGGACAUACUGCUCAAGGGCAAUAUGCUCCUGCUUUGCCAGGCGGUGGACUUGCUCAGCCACGACCGACAGGAAUGCAGCCUGUUCCUGUUGGUGGUCCACAUGAUCCCUCACAUAGUUAUGGGGCUGAGGAUGAGGAGACGGUGAAGCUACGGGCGGCAAGAGCUGGUGGCUGGACUGUUGAACUCAGCAAGAAGAGAGCCCUUGAAGAAGCCUUCAGCAGCAUCUGGAUAUAAUACAUAUGACCAACCACAUGUUGAGGAGUGCCCCAUUUAUUUGUCCAACCAACACUUGCUUUUGUAUCAAUCUGAUUGCUUGUGAUACCAAUGCUAUGUCUAUUUACAACAGGGCCAUGUUUUAUUUGAGCUAU